AUGGCAGAUGGUUGGACAAAUCAGAAGCAACAAUCAAUAAUCAACUUUUUAGUUUAUUGUCCGAAAGGUAUAAUGUUCUUGAAGUCUGUUGAUACAUCUGGCCUUAAAAAAGAUGUUGAAACAUUGUUUAAUAUCUUUGAUGAGGUUGUUCAAGAAAUUGGAGCUGAGAAUCUUGUGCAGUUCAUAACGGACAAUGAUGCAAGUUAUAAAGUUACAGAAAAAAAGUUACAGCAGAAGUAUGACUCUUUGUACUGGUCUCCUUGUACAGCUCAUUGCAUAGACUUGAUGUUGAAGAAUUUUUCUGAUCCAAGAUAUUUUUCCCUUAUUGAUGAUACUAUAAAAAAGGAAAAAAAGAUAACAAAAUUCAUCUAUAACCAUGGUUGGGUUUUGGCAUUGAUGAGACAAGAUUUCACCAAAGGUUAUAAUUUGUGUCGUCCUGCAAUGACAAGUUAUUCUAAGAGCAACAUAGGGAAUGAGAUAGUUGGGAUUGUUUUAGAAGAUAAAGAGUUUUGGGCUCAAUGUCAAUUUAUUGUUAAAGUUAGUGAGCAUUUGAUUCGUGUUUUACGACUUGUUGACGGGGAUGAGAAGCCUACAAUGGGAUAUUUGUAUGAUGUAAUGGAAAGAGCCAUACAGAACAUAAAAGCAAGAUGUAAUAAUAAAGUUAGUGUAUUUAGUCCAUUCACCAAGAUUAUUGAUUAUAAAUGGGAUAAGCAACUUCACAAUCCAUUAUAUGCAACGGGUUGUGUUCUUAACCUUGGAAUUUACUAUAGCCCCAGCUUUAAAAUUAAAAAUGAUGUUGUAAGAGGCUUCAAUAGUUGUGUUAUAAAGAUGGAACUUGAUCUCAAUGAUCAAGACAAGAUCAUUGGAGAACUUGACUUGUAUAGGAAUGCAAUAGGUGAGUUUGGACAUUCUUUUGCAAUCCGCCAGUGUGAUAAGCUUAAUCCAGCUGCAUGGUGGACCUAA